UUUGGUCACGUUCGGUUGGGAAAGCAAAAGAUAAUAUUUUGUGUAUUUUUAUUCAUAAUGGAUUCAAGUGCUGAAAUAAUUAAAUUGGAUAGUGAUAUUGAAGAUACAUAUGAAAAUAUACCUAAUACAUCCACAGUAGAUUUAACCUCAGACAAUAGCAUAAAUGAAAUCGCUGAUAUACAGUUGCCGGCUGCUGUCGAGUUGACGGACAUGGGUGCUGUUGGAAACGAUAUCGAAGAAGGUGAAGUAGAAGAAGCGCAGGAAGCCGAGGAAUUAUAUGAAGCAACAACAAGUAAACAAAUACCAGCAUUUGAAAUCAGAUUUUCAAAUGAUAAUAUAUUUAAAGAAUAUGGCCAUAGUAUUUUGGCUUCACUUGACACAGCACUCAAUGCCGCUAUGGACAAGACAAUGUUUAAAUUUAACAUAUUGGAUGGCCAAGAAGAUGAAAAUAUUACCGUAAAUAGUUGUAUAAAGGCAUAUAUUGUACCACGAAAAGAUGCCGAUAAUACAGUGUUGGAGGUUAGCGAUUGCGAGGAAGCUAUUGUGAACACUAUGAAAGAGCCGAUUCGCUGUAAAUCCCCUGAACGCGAAGAGUCACCUGAUUUAGAUUUAACUUCACUCUUUACAAUUGACACAUCAGGCUCGAAAAAACUAGACACACAAUGUGUACCUUCCUAUAAACGUACUAUUAAAGAUGUUUUGGAUGAAGAUUCAUCUGCCAGUAAGCGACGUAAAUUGGACAAAGAAGAAGAUGAUUGCCCCCGAGUACGUACAACGUCAGCUUGUUUUAAUUGUGGUGUAACUGGACAUUCGUUACGUGAAUGCCCGAAACCACGCAACAAUGCGCGUAUUAACCGUGCGAAGCUGGCGCGAAAGCAGGAGAGAUAUCAUAUUGAUAUUGAGCAAAGAUUUGGACACUUACGACCGGGCAAAAUAAGUGAUAAACUACAAUCAGCCUUGGGUUUAAAACGAGGCGAACUACCAUUCUUCUUCUAUCGUAUGAGGAAAUUAGGUUACCCGCCCGGUUGGUUGGAAGAAGCAAAAGUAAUAAACUCGGGCAUAUCGCUAAUCAAUUCUGAUGGAAGUGCGGUGAUAGGUUCUGAUGAAGAGAACUCCCAAGACAGUGAUGAACAAAAAUAUGAUAUUUCUAAAAUAGUUGACUUUCCCGGUUAUAAUGUUGAUCCCGGACCAAACUUUUAUGAUGACUAUAAACACCACAAUGUACCACCAUUAUCACGACAUCAUCGAAGAGAGGAGUUUAUCAAAAUGUUGGGUAACAACGUCAUAAAAGGCUACAAGCAUAAGCGGCUUAAAAACCUGCCACAAACCACGAAUGUCACUGAAAUUAAAACUAGUAUACUGGACAGCGCUGAUAUGGAAAUUGAAGAUGAUGUAGAUAUUGACAGUAAUGUUGUAUUUACUCGCCCACCACCACCACCAGAGCCAGCCGGCAAUGCUAAACCUCCUCCACCACCACCACCACCAACGUCGCCACCGCCAACAGUUUCUUCACUCACUGAGCAUUUAAAUGUCGAAAAUUCCAAUUCAAAUGAACGUAGCUGCUCACCAACAUUAGAUGAUUUAGAGGAACGCAAACAAAAGUUACUUGCCGAAUUAAAAUGUGGCUUAAGUGAUGCUGAUACAACGCAAAGUAGCAUAAACGAUGAAUCAAUCACACUUGAAACUAGUACAAAUGAGGUGAAUACAGAGGAUGCGCCGAAACUGCCGAACACGAACGAAACGACGGAAGUGAGUGUGCCAGUAACACCAACAUCAAAUGGCGCCACCCGAGCUAUAGAUGUUAUUAAAGAAUCACAUAUGGGCACGCCUGUAUUGCAAUUUUCACCUUAUGAAAAACUACCAAUUGGUGAUAAUUUCAAAGUUGGUGUUAGCGAUGUUAUAAAUUUUGAAAAUCUGCCAGACUCCACUGGGAAAUAUGAGCAAAUGAAAGAGGUCAUUAAGAAAGUACGCAACAUCAUUACUAAAUUACACAAUGAAGAUGAUGACGAUUGAUGUGCAGUUUACGGUGGGGCUAUGCCUGACAUGUUUAGCAUUAUUUAAUUAAUUCUAUAAAAUUUGCAUUUUUGCGUUUUUUUCUUUGGCAUGGUUGCGUGUACGUGUGUUUGUAGCUAAUUUUAAUUAACUUGUAAUCAGACAAUACAUAAUUGCAAAACUAUACAAUUUUAUUGUACGUAAAAGUACAAAAGUAAAGAAUCUUAUUUAUGUAUAUAUACAUACGAGUGUAAUUAUUU